UGUGUAGCCUAAAGCGCUCGGUGGUUUUCAGAGUAUUUCAUAUUCGGUGCAUUUGGUUAUCCUAAAAUUCUAAAUCUCUUUCUCAGAAUGGAUCUUUUCACAUAUUUUCGUAUGUUUCUGGUCUGGACUCUUGGACUUAACUUUCAUCGGCAAAGCGCACAAGUAGCUGGGCAAAAUACGCCACAAGAAAGUUUGGUUACAACCAAUUUCAGCAUUGUGCUAUUGCCUUCAUCAAGCAGAACUCGCCCUGUUCUUCUAAGCCCUACUGCGACGCAAGGACAACAAAACAGAAGUACUAAGUCUCCAUAUCCACAACAGUCGCAUCAGUCAUGGGCGACAAGUUCAACAGAGAUUACAAGUUAUUUGCAUAGCAGUGUAAAAACUGUGCUGACUUCUCCAACAGCUUCCAGAUACAUGCCCCCGACUAGUGCGCCGUCGUCGCUAGUUCUUGUAACAUCAAGUACACAAGCUUCCAGUUCAGGUUGUCCCACACCUGAUCUUGGUAUGGCAAGAGAUAUUAUUCCAAACAGUGAUAUCACAGCAUCAUCAGAAAAUAAUUCUGAUUCAUCUCCUUACUAUGCACGGUUAAGCAACAGCAAAGCAUGGCUUCCUGAUCCCAAUGAUAAUGAUCCAUGGAUAAAAGUGAACUUACAGUUUUCAAGAAAUAUCACUGCGAUUGCCACACAAGGCUUUUCUGGCUCUUAUGUCAAUCGCUAUUAUGUAAGUUACAGUUCUGAUGGAAACAAGUGGAAAAACUAUACAGAGCAAGGAAAAGUUAAGGUGUUUCAAGCCAAUGUAGAUGAUACUACAACCAAAACAGUUCUUUUCAAACCUUCUUUAAUAGCUCAGUACAUAAGAUUGCAUCCCACAAACUGCUCCAACACUUGUGCUCUCAGAUUUGAGCUUUAUGGCUGUAAUUUGACCACAGGCUUGCCUGGUCAGCCAUCCUCACUCUCUACAAAGUCUGUGUCAUCAACCAAAAUUGUAAUCUCAUGGAGUGCUCCUACAGAUGAAGGGGAUGGAAUAACAGGGUACUCUGUUAAGUGGCAGGCUGCUGGAGAAUCCAAAAUUUACCAAAAAGAAGUUACAGGGAACAGAUCUGUGACACUGGAUAAGCUAACACCCUACACAUGGUAUGACAUCCAUGUGAGAGCAGAAAGUCAUAAUGGGGAUGGCCCUUGGUCAGUUCCACUGAAAGUGAGAACAAAUGAGUCAACUCCCACUGCUGCUCCAGGAAACUUUAAAGUCAGUUCUAGUUCCUCUCUUUCAUUGGACAUAUCGUGGGAUGCCAUUCCUGAAAAAGAACAGAAUGGAGAGCUGUUGGGUUACUAUAUUUACUACAAGGUAAAUGGAUCUGCAGUAGAGUAUAACAAGAAUGUUGGACCGGAUAAACUUUCAGAUAAACUUACAGAACUUGAGUUUACAACCUAUGUUGUUCGAAUGGCUGGGUACACUGUUGCUGGUGUUGGUUCGUCUACUAAAGAUGUGAGCAUACAGCCAAAUGAAGGAGCUCCUACAGCUCCUAGGAAUUUCAAAUUGACUGUUGAGUCAUCCACAGCGAUUAAAGCGUCGUGGAGUGCGCCCUUGAAGCUUAAUGGUGUCUUCAAACGUUACGUGGUGAGGUAUGGUUUAUCAAAAGAUAGCAUGAAUACACAGGUGUAUCCCACAAACACAGAGUACUUACUGACCCUACUGGAUGAGUUCUCUACUUACUAUGUUCAAGUCCACGCUGAAACGGCUGUUUCUGGGUUUGCCUCCAGUAUUCUUUCGGCAGAGACAAAAGAAGAUGCUCCCAGUUCCGCUCCAGUCAUUAACAAACAAGAGACAAAGGCCGAGGAUGCGCACACCAUAAGAGUCAAAUGGAAUGAAAUUAAAAAAGAGGAUCAAAACGGCCGCAUAUUGGGAUAUGAGGUUUCAUACAAAGAAAAUGGAACAGAAAAAGUGUUAAGUUUUAAUGCAACAAAUACAAACACAAUAAUCACGCGCUUGAAGCCAUUUACGUCAUACUGCAUCCAAGUUCGAGGGUUUACAAGUGUAGGAAAGUCACCACCGAGCCCUUGCACAGAUGUCCAGACAUUGGAUAAAGGUCCAAGCCAUCCGCUCAAUGUUAAAGUUCAGGCCGUUUCUUCUGUUUCAAUUAUUGUAACGUGGGAGGAACCAGCUCACCCUAAUGGAGUCAUAGGAGAGUAUAUAAUAUUGUAUGGAACCAGCAAGGACGUACAAAGUUAUGAGCAAAAAGUGACUGGAAGCACGCGUAAACGUAUUGUAGACGGCUUGAACAAAUAUACGACUUACUAUGUGAAAGUCAGGGGUCGUACAUCGAAACCGGGAAAUGCUUCUGAAGUAUUCAAUGUCACAACUUUCGAAGAUAGGCCUGGACCGCCAAAGGAGUUUAGGGCUCAGGUUGUAACAGCUACUGAUGUUCAUCUUACAUGGAAGGAGCCUGAUAAUUCUAAUGGAAUUGUAAGGUUCUAUUACAUAAAGAUCUACAAUACUAAAACCGGCUUACAGGUCGGAAACGUACGCAACCAGAGCGCUGACGAGGAGUCAGACAUGCAGCAACACAGAAGGCUGAUACGAGGUCUCAAGUAUUAUACAGACUACACGUUCACAAUCCAGGCCGUUACAAUUAAACCUGGGGAAAUGGCUAACGCCACAGCAAGAACAGAGGAAGGAGUCCCAAGUCAGCCCAGAGAUGUCACUACGAAAUUUGACAAAGGUGGAAUUUCUGUUACAUGGAAGGAUCCCCAGGACCACAACGGAAUUAUCACGAAGUACUCGGUAUACUUUGAGGGUAAAAGAGCAUAUAACACUUCCUUUCAACAUAACCAUGAAAUAGUUUUAGACGAAACCACUCGGAGCACUGAGAUAUUAGUGGAAAAGUUGAAGCCUGGUACACAAUAUAGUGUUUAUGUGAAAGCAAAAACAGCCAAAGGGUAUGGAGCCAAAAGUGAUUCUGCGUUGGUGGAGACACCAUCAAAACAACCUCCUCCGCCCAAACUCCCCCAAGUUGUCGAAGCUGACGUUACAACAACAACAAUUACGAUUUCUUUAUCGCCAUCCGAUGACACUAACGGAGAGAUCAUUCGGCAUGAGAUCAUUGUAGAAAUGCUCGGAUCAGCCAGAGCUCGUCGUGAAACAUCCCCCCUCCCGGAGAAAAUAUACGGCUUCGAGGAAGCGCAAACAAAUGGCGAUCGUUUCUACAUUGCGGCCGUGUUUGAAAGACGAAAACUGCCCGUGGAGUUUGUUCUUGGAAAUGGGAAGACAUACGGCGGUUAUGAGAAUGCUCCUCUUAAGCCAGGGACGCGUUACAAGGUGUAUGUAAGAGGAGUCACAGAACAUAACGGGAAAUGGCUUAUAGGAAAAGCAGCUGCAAUCAGUCUGCCGGAAACUGAGGAGUUGCCAGUCGCUAAAAAGGGUGACAACAUCGUUGGUGUAGUCGCUGGUGUUCUGGGAGCGCUGAUACUUAUCGUGAUUGCCAUCAUAGCAUUUCUUCUGUAUCAAAGAUCCAACAGGCCACCCAAUGCCAACCUUGAUGUGGAAAGUCAGAAAAAACAAAAAAGAAAGCGAAAGGAGUUUGAGCUGAAGCGCUCCAGUACAAAGAAGAAAUUGCUUGCAGCUCCAGGCGAGGUCAUCAACGAUGCGGAUCAUCCACCCGUACUUGUGGAUCAGCUUGCAAAGCAUGUAGCAAAGUUACACAAGUCCGAUGAUCGUGGAUACAUGAUUGAAUACAAUAAACUUGACAGUGGCCAGGAGUACGCCUGUGACGCGGGCUUAAUGACAGAAAAUAAGGCUAAGAACAGAUAUGGCAACAUUAUUGCGUAUGAUCAUUCUAGAGUCGUCCUGACCCCAAUCGAAGGAGAGCCUGGCUCAGACUAUAUCAACGCUACAAGAGUUGAUGGAUACAACAAACCCAAUGCAUACGUUGCCUGUCAAGGUCCAGUGCCUCCAACCUUUGACGACUUUUGGCGUAUGGUCUGGGAACAGCAGUCUUCCACAAUAGUUAUGCUGACUAAUCUACAAGAGAGACAUAAGUUGAAGUGUCACAAAUACUGGCCGGAUGAGACCCAAGACUACGGUGACAUAUCUGUAAUGCUUGUCAGGUCAGAGCAUUACUCCGAUUAUAACAUCAGAACAUUUAACGUCAAACGGGAAAGUGAAAAAGAGGAGAGAGAAGUUAAACAGUUUCACUUUACUGUGUGGCCAGAUCAUGGAGUACCUGAAUAUCCAACUGCCUUGCUGGCCUUUCGAAGACGAGUCAGAGCUUAUAACCCGGCUGAUGCUGGACCUCCCAUUGUGCACUGCAGUGCUGGAGUUGGUAGAACAGGUACUUUCAUCGUUAUCGAUACCAUGUUGGACAGAAUCAAAGCAGAAGGAACAAUAGACAUUUUCAACUUUGUGGCUUACUUGCGAACACGUAGAACAGCCAUGGUUCAAACUGAGGAACAAUACACAUUCUGCCAUGACGCUAUUCUAGAAGCAGUUCAGUGUGGUAACACUCAAAUCUACGCUCACGACCUAAGGAUCACCCUUGCUCGGAUGAGUGACGUGGAUGCAGAGACAAAGAUAACUCGCUUUGAGUCUGAGUUCAAGAGACUCAACAAAGUAAGUCCAGUUCUUCACAAAGGGCACUGCACUGUGGCGUCAUAUCCAGAGAAUAGGGAGAAAAACAGAUCACCUGACAUCUUAGCUCCUGACUGCUAUCGAGUGGUGCUUACAGCAAUUGACGACAACGAAUCCACGUCUUACAUAAAUGCUGUUCACAUUUCGGGCUACAAGCAGCAACAUGCUUUUGUUGUCACGCAACAUCCACUUUCGUCCACCGUGACAGACUUUUGGCGCAUGCUCUGUGAGCAAGAGAGUUGCUGUGUCGUGUGGUUUGAUUCAAAGGAGCAAGAAGGGGAUUUCCCAGAAUUCUGGCCAGAUUCAGAAACUGAUGCCAAGACUUAUGAUGACAUGUUGACCGUCCAGCGAUUGGCUGCGAACAGCAGCAGUGUGGAUAACUUGAAGGCAACUUUUGAUCAAAGUGAAAUCACUGAGAAGACAUUUAAAGCCACUGACCUGAGAACACCAGAAAAGAGUCUGCGUAUAAAGAUUUUUCAAUACAGCGGAUGGGUGAAUGAAAAUGAAGAACCCCCUGCGGCCGGUCUGAUCACUUUGAUAGCAAAGGUUGAGAAAUGGCAGCAACAUUCUGGGAAUGGACCCAUCACAGUUGUUUGCAGUGACGGUCUGGGUCGGAGUGGAACUUUUUGUGCAUUGUACUCAGUACUGGAACGUUUGAAGAUUGAACAGGUCGUUGAUGUGUUUCAGGCCAUCAAGGCCAUGCGAAUUCCUCGGCCGGGACUGGUGAAGACGGCGGGAGAAUAUAAAUUCAUCCAUUACGCCAUCCAGGAUUACUUGUCAGCGUUUGAUGACUAUGCAAACUUCAAGCCUUGAAAACGUUGUUAAACGGUUUGCCAGGGAAAAAGGAUAUGUUAAACUCGAAGAACUGCGAAAACAAAUCCGAAGGACCAAGGCUAGUUAAUGCGGCAGCGAUGAUCGGUGGUCCCGCGAAAUACUUUUUAGGAUUAGGAAAUUAUUAACUAGAAGAAUACUUAUAACCAGAAUAUAACGUAAAAUUCUUAGGACCUUGGGACGAAGAAUGGUUUGGUUGUUGUCUAGGAGAACCAGUAUUCAGAUCUUUGAAGUGGAAGGGGUUGAUUUGUCUAAGCUUCCCAUCAGGAUUAGAUAGAAAAAGAGAGAAUUUGUGCGAUUUUUUUGCUUUUUUUUAGUUAUUUUUAGUACAAAGUCACGGAAACGAAAAUUUACUAUUGCAAUGUCAGAUAUACUCAACAGAUGCGCCAAUUUGCAGAAGUGAAUUUUUGCGUGUCGCACAGUAACCUAUUUUGAAAUUCAUAAUUUUUAUUGUGCUUCCCUAAUUAGUGAAUUGGAAAACGUCUGUCCAACGCCAGUCUGGUUCCAAUAGUGAUAAAAUCUAGACUAACCGAUGAGAAACACUAUUUUAACCAAACAUGUCUAUCACUGGAUAGUCAAUCGUGGAAUAGACGGUGAAAUUUUUGGAACCUAGUAACUUCGCUUGUUAACCUCUUGCAAAGCAUGUUCUAUAUCUCUGGUUUUAUAAAACUGAUUAUGUUUAAGUGAUAAAAAAUUGCUUUCAGAAGAGAUUAUUUAUGGAAAUAACCUCCUACGUUCAAUUUGUGUAAUUUGUGAAUUUAAACUUUUAUAAUUUAGAAGACUACAAAUGUCUUUAACUAAAAGUGACGAUGGAAAUUUUGUCGCGACUGUAGUGUCUGGGCAUUUAAAGCAAAUUUAAAUUGAGUCACAAGGGUAAUCCAGGAUUGCUUUGGUAUUGCUCUUCUUCGUUAUGUGAUUGGCCAAGAAAACUCGCGCCACUUAUUCAACCAAUGAGAUUAAAAACAAAAACCAAUCGCAAGUGGGUCACUCUCGUUUUCCCGCGCUUCAGGCAGUUUGCUUGUCUAUACUUCGAGUUCUCAUCGACUCCUUGUGAUACUUUCUUUGUUAUGAUUGGCUGUUGUGGUUGCUUUCGUAUUGGUUAUGCGACAUUCAAUUGAAAAUUGCUUUACUGCUCAUCGACGUGAAGUUAAAACAAGUUAAUAUUGCUUAAAAAAAAGAGGAAAAUCAAUAGGUAAGCAUAAAUUUAAUUGGUAACUUAUGAGUACUACAUGUAGAACUAUAGUUCUUAUAUGUAUAUACAAUUUUUCUUUUUUUACGGGAGAAGUUCAUCGUAACAUUAAAUAUAUUAAAUAGUGGUUUAUAGAGAUUAUUUUAUAAUGAGGCUCUUGUAGGAAAUAUGUACGAGUUGAGGUGUUUGCAUGCGAGUAAGUUUUUGCGAAGCGUCAACUGAAAGCAACGAAUUCAGUGACAUGUGAAGAGAUUACUUUAGAAACAUGAUUAGUCCUCAUAGAAUUUUUUUUUUCCAAAUCUAACUGUAUUUAAUAUAGAUUUAUGUGAAAAUGUAUUUGUAAUUACAUAAUGACAGCCGAUCCAAACAUAGGUUUGGUUAUUAUUUUUCUAUUAGGACUUGACUGGAGAAAUAGAUAAAAUCAAGGCUGUAGUGAAGAUUUUAUGUCCCUGACGUAUAUUGGUAAGAUUUUACAUUAAUAAGAAUGAAGUACAUUGCCCUUCAGUUGUGAAACUGUAACUGCUUCGGGAGGGCGAAAUAAAGAGUGUUUGAUUUAAUGAUGACCUUUUAAAAAUUGAUAAUAAAAUUUGCGUUUGAUCA